GAAUGGUCUCUCCCCGUGCAACCCAAAAGCAAGCGAGCAUAUGAAUCAAGUGACGCCGAAAGAGAUAGAGAUACAGAUAUGUGAUAGAGCUAUCAACACCAGCAAAUAGAAAGAAAGUGUUGUUGUACCACACAUCAUUAAGCCAAGAAGAAGAAGAAGAAGAAGACAGACAGACAGACAGACAACCUCAUCCUCUUUCUCCCCUUCCUCUUACAAAAACCCAAGCAGAAGAAGAGCAGUUCAUCACCUUCCCUCCAAAAUCAACUCAACAAGAAGAAGAACAAGAGUAUUUUAUACCCUACCUACAACAACAUUCAUCCUCUUCCCUUAAUUUCUCCUGCAAAAAAUCAACAAGUAUUUAUCUCCCACUUCCUUCCUCCUGCAAAAAACCAGUCCAGAAGAAAACAACAAGCAAAGUAGAAGACAAAAAAAAGAAAAGAAAAACUUCCCUCUUGCAAAGCAAAAGCAAAGCAUUAGGUAUUAGGAAGGAAGAAAGAAAAACUAUAAAGAAACAUGAAUAUGCACAAGCCUUUGUUGUUGUUGUGGUUGAUAUCCAUGAUGAUUGGAGCAAUAAUAAUAACAACAACAACAACAGUUGCUGCAAUGUUAAACCCAAUAGACUUUCUUGCUCUACAAGAAAUCCACUCUUCUUUAGAAGACACACCAGGGUCCAACUUCCUCCUCGCCUGGGACUUCUCCUCCGACCCCUGCUCUUUCCCCGGCGUGCUCUGCAGCCCUACCACCAACCGCGUCGUCUCCCUCUCCCUCGGCGAUCCCCGCGCCGGCGCCCCCGGUCUCACCGGCAAGCUCCACCCCUCCCUCUCCCUCCUCUCCGAACUCACCGACCUCUCCCUCGUCCCCGGCCGAGUCUACGGCCCUAUCCCUCCCUCCCUUUCCCUUCUCCGCCGUCUCCGCUUCCUCGCCCUCUCCGAGAACUUCCUCUCCGGCCCAAUCCCUCAAUCCCUCUCUUCCCUUCCUUCCCUCCAAACCCUAGAUCUCAGCUUCAAUCUCCUCUCCGGCUCUAUCCCUCCUCCUCCACCUUCUCUCUCCUCUCUCAUCCUCUCCCACAACCGCCUCUCCGGCACGAUUCCCUCCGCCAUCGGUGGCAACCCUCGCCUUCUCCGCCUCGACCUCAAGCACAACCAUCUCACCGGUGAGAUCCCUCCUCUCCCUCAAUCCCUCCGUUAUUUAGCCCUCUCUUCUAAUAAUCUCUCCGGCGAGGUCCGCAAUGUGCUUCCGCGGCUCCGGAUGAUUAACUACCUCGAUCUCAGCUCUAACCAACUCUCCGGCGAGAUCCCCGGUGAGAUCUUCGGGUUUGAUUCGUUGUCCGUGUUGCUUCUCCAGAGGAAUAGGUUUUCCGGGGAGGUCAGGCCGGAGGGGAGAGUGGGGAUUGGGAGGGUGGAUUUGAGCUAUAAUCGGCUCACCGGAGUGGUGCCGGAGGAGCUGGCGACGGUGGAGAGCUUGUACUUGAAUAGCAAUAGGUUCACCGGCGCCGUUCCGAUGAGAUUUGUGGAGAGAUUGAUGGGGGGAUCAUCAGGGUUGCAGGUGUUGUAUUUGCAGCACAACUUCUUGACGGGGAUUGAGAUCUCGCCGGCGGCGAAGAUUCCUGGAUCGGCAGCGGUUUGUUUGAGGUAUAACUGUAUGGUUCCGCCGGCGGUGGAGUCGUGCCCGGGGAACGCCGGAGAGCCGAGGUCGAGGUCGCCGGAGCAGUGCCCGGAAUGGAGAGGGUAAAUUUGGGGUUAUCAGGGAGUUGAAUGCAAAAAGAAGCAAAGCAAGAAAUACAAUAUAUAAUCUUCGUUAUGGUGGGUAUUGAUUAAUUUACGUUAUUGUUUUAUUAUUUUUUCGUAUUUUUUUAUUGGUUACUUAUAUGUGUUGUUAUUUAGUUGGUUUAUAAACUUAAAGGGAGGGAAAAGAAGGGGGUGUUGUAUUAAUUAAUUUAAUUAUUUUUGUAUUUGUUUAAAAUUUGUAAGAUAUAUGGAUGUUAGGAAAUACUCUUUGUUUUAUUAUAUGAUUUAGAAAAUGGGUAUUAGUGAAAAUGAAGAAACAAAGAAAAGGAGUAUAUAUUUUUUUUAAAAUUUUUGUUAUUUGUUAUUUAUUUGUCAAUAAUUGGCGGUUCGGUGGACAUGAUGCUGUAUUGAUUUAUUAGUUUGUAUU